AUGGCGGGGACUUUUGGUUCCGUGCUGCAAGCGCUGUGCGUGAUGCAGUGGAUGCUGACCUUCCUCUUCCUCGGGCCGGGCUCGGUGCUGGCGCUGCUGCUGCUGCUGAGGACGCGGCUCUGGAUCGUCCCCGUCACCUACGCGGGGUGGUGGCUCUGGGACUGGCACGGGCCCGAGCGGGGGCCCCGGCACUGGGACUGGCUGCGGAACUGGCGCCUCUGGGACCAUUUCUGUGACUACUUCCCCAUCACGGUGAUCCGCGAGUGUCCCCUCCCCCCCCGGCGCAGUUACGUCCUCCCCGCCCACCCCCACGGCAUCUCCUGCAUCGGCGUCUUCGGGGCCUUCGUCACCGGGGCCCGCGGGGCCGCGGGGCGCCGCCCCCAAAGCCCCGCCCCUGCCCCGGGGCUGCGCCCCAGCCUGGCCGCGCUGGAGGGGCUGUUCCGGCUGCCGAUCUACCGGGAGUACGCCAUGGCCGCCG